UCAGUAAUACCAGUGCUGUAUGUUAGGUGGACUACCAGUGCUGGUGUGUAAGUGUGUGUCUGUCUGGGCUAUAAAAACGGCAUACAAUUUAAAACAACCAUUUAGUUUCAUAUUAUACUUUCAUUUCCUCUUUCAAAAAAAAAAUACCGACACAUGUGUUGGUAUUGAGAGUUGCCAUCACUGAUGACUGACGAAAGUUGAUGGCUAUCGGAGUCGACGAAAAAACAGGUCACAACUGGUCCUAAACAAUGACCGUUGAUUGUCGUUCACCAGAAAGAGAGAAAGAAAAACUCUUUGAAUGGUUAAGACAAUGAUUGAUCCCCAAAAAAAAGGUGACGAUAACUAUAUCUAUUUGUGUUGAGAGAAAUGGCUAAAUGUCUUCAAGCAAUGUGUUUCCUGAAUACACACUGACGAGGAAGGCGUGGAUAACACACGUGUAUUAACAACAGAAAAAUAGACGUGUAUUAACAACAGAAAAUAAUAGAUAAUGGUUGACUAACUUUCAUACCAUUUGAUGAUUGAUUGACAUUAUUAGGGAACUCCUCGAGAGGUUUAUACAAUAACUAUAUGUUGCUGAUCUGUACCGUCACUGUUGUUGAUGGCUAUCACUUGAUUUGAUCCUCUCUAAGAUAAAUGAUAAUGAUGAUAGACAUACUAACCAUGGAUGACCAUAGAUAGUGUUUAUGUUAGGCAUUGGUGGAGCCGCUUAUUGGUUGGCUUACAACCCUGUUGAAACCCCCCGAUAUUUGGGUUAUUUUUUUUCUAUAGUAUAUCAAAUCAUUCAAUUUGAUGGCAACCAUUAAAGAAAAUGAUACAUUACUACUGGCACUGGUAGUCAGUCAUCAUCGUCAACAUGAAAGACAUGAUUUCAUAUUUAUGAGAGACACUGGGAGGUUACUGACUGUACUGGCAUUGAUUUGUUGUUUGAUUGCCUAAUUAAGACAUUACUGGCCGAUCACUGGUAGUUAGUCGUCGUCAGCAUAGAGUUUAUUUGAGUAUAAUAUGAUUGGUAACUAUCUAUCGGUAAUUGUGUUGCUAUUGUUACUGACAGCACUCGGUAGCUACUGUUCAGUCUAUUCGGUAACCGGCCGUAUUGUUACCGAAACUACUACCGGUCCGGUAACUGAUCAAACUGCCGAUUAUAAUGAUCUGAAAGCCAAAUCACAGCCCUCGGUCUUUAGCGGACCCGAAGAGAUCCAGUAUUUGCUUGACAUGUGUUUUGUCUAUUCCACCGACAAAUACGACUACCGAUUGUGUCCGUUCAAGAAUAUGACUCAGCACGAACGUCCGCAAACUGUCCACUCGUAUAACGGCGUAAUCGGUGUCUGGAAGCAGUGGUCAGUUGUUAACAAUAGUUUUGACCGCUUGGUGUUUACCGAUGGCGAUGAUUGUGGACAUACAGACAGAUCGGCCCAAAUGUUAUGGAUUUGCAAUCGAGAUAUGAAUUUGACUGACGAACGGAUUGUUGGCGUCAAAGAGCCGAAGAGAUGCUACUAUGAGAUACUGUUUGCUUCGUAUUUUGGUUGUGAAAACAAGUUUAUCUAUACCUAUUUGAAUGAUACGGCCAAACACGAUUGGGACAUAAUUGAGACCAACUAUUACCGCAAACUUUUGACCGAUUAUGGUUACCAGUGGUCACUGCGACAGUUGUUCAUCCGUGCGGGUAUUGUUUCAAAUCAGACAACGACGAUGACGACACCGGAACAGCUAAAUGAUGAUAAUUUUGACGAUACUUCGCUGGACACUUGUCGGCAAAGUUAUCAGUCAUUACGGCAACAAAAUCGUGAACUAAAGCAACGAAUUGAAUCGCUUGAACAACAAUUGAAUAAAAAUUGA